CAUCUCCUCCACGUGACGGUGAGUCAGGUAGUUCACGAAAGCGUAAAUGUGCCUGCGGAAUGCAAUAUUCGCAGCCAAAAAGCGAUCCCACUCCACAGAAAUCACUUGAUCGUUCGCCAAAGUAGUUUAGGAGGAGUUUUGAAUUCUGGCAGACUUCUCUUUACGGUGAGUGCCUUCCCGAAUAUGGCCCCUAUACGCGUUAGUCUUCUCGUCUGUGUUGUCUGUGUCAUCCUCAUGCCACAAACAGCGUCUCAAGACGUCGGUCGCAGACGCCAACAACGGUCAGAUGAUGAGGCGACAAAACAUCCUUCCAAGUUCCCGCCGGAGAAUGUCACGUCAUGUGUGGAUGUCAAAUACAUUCGCAAAGGUAUGGACGCCCUACUGUCCUGGAGAGGCACCGCUAUCAACUACUUCCACCAUCUCAAGACACAGCUGCAUGUCGUGGUGUCUCGCGUGGAAGGGGCUUUUGAGAAAAUGGAAGAAAAAGAAAAUGUGAUCCCAAGGAGGGACUACCUCCUAGAAAUAAUGUCGGAACAGCUUCUUCUGACCAACACUCGGCUGAAUAAACUUGAGCAAGGCCUGCAAGAUGUGUCCUUUUCUGUCCUGGAAAUGCUGGACCAACUUGUGACGCCGAAGGAACGAAUGGAAAACCUCGCAGAAGCAGACGGCAGUGCAAUCGUGUAUCCAAAAGAUUGUCAAGACGUGGUCGCAAUCGGAAACACGGAAAGCGGCGUCUACACCAUCCAACCUCUCAACUACCCCUACUCCUCCAAGCAUCGCGGCAUGUUAGCGGAACCCUUCUACGUCUACUGUCAGAUAGACAACGGCGAGGGCUGGACUGUCAUGCAGCGUAGAAAAGACAACACCACCGACUUCUACAGGACCUGGCAGGAGUACAAGCGGGGCUUCGGUUCUCCAUUAGGAGAUUUUUGGCUGGGAAACGACCGGAUUCACCUGCUGACCAGCCAGGGCAGUUACAAACUGCGCAUCUAUAUGGAGAACUGGGACGGGGAGUCCAAGUACGCGGACUAUGACUGGGUGGUGAUAGAGGACGAAGCCGGCAUGUACCGCCUGAGGCUGGGAGAGUACAGUGGCACGGCGGGCGACUCGCUCUCCUACCACCAGGGCCAGCCCUUCAGCACCUGGGACAGGGACAACGAUGGCAGGAGCGGCAACUGCGCGACGAUCUGCCGAGGAGCCUGGUGGUACAGGAGCUGUCACCACUCCAACCUGAACGGCUUGUACCUGUACAGCGAGGACAAUGACCAUGAUCAGGGAAUAGACUGGGUUACCUGGACGGAGCACACGGGAACUCUCAUGGUGGUGGAAAUGAGUCUCCUUCCCACUGGUCUCUUGCCGAACACUGAAAAGCUCCAUAAACCGUAGAAUCAAUAAGGACCACAAAGCACUAUAUAGAUGAUGCCAGAAAGGUGCAGUAGACAUCAAAUGCUUUCUUCUUAUUAGCUAGUGCUUUGUGUAUCUAGGGUUUCUAGA